AUGGUUCCAUACCCUGAUGGUAAUGGAUUCUUAAGAUUAAACUCAACACCCAUACCCAUUAGUCAUCCAAAGAAUAAUGAUACAACUAUACUUGCAGCUACUAUUCCUAUCAUUUUUGUCUUAAUUGUUGGUAUAAUAAUCAUGGCAAUCUGCUGCUACAGAAAACCAUGGAAAGGUAAGGCCAAUAAUGGCGGAGCCAAUAACCAUGGGGCAUUUAACCGUGGGGCCCAUAAUGGCAGGGUGAAUUACGGUGCAGUCGAUAAUGAUGGGGCUAAUAAUGGUGGAGCCAUUAACGAUGGAGCUAAUAAUGGUGGGGCUAAUAACGGUGGAGUCAAUAACGGUGGGGCCAAUAAUGGUGGGGUCAAUAACGGUGGGGCAAAUAACGGUGGAGCUAAUAACGGUGGGGCUAAUAACGAUCGAGUCAAUAAUGGUGGGGCAAAUAACGGUGGAGCCAAUAACGGUGGGGCAAAUAAUGGUGGGGCAAAUAACGGUGGGGCCAACAAUGGUGGGGCCAAUAAUGGUGGGGUCAAUGAUGAUGGUGGAGCCGAUGAUGGUGGAGCCAAUUAA